CAUUGGGAGUGACCAUAUGUUUUGAUGAUAGAGGUAUUGUUGGCUGAUUUGGUAACAGUGGUUAUAUUUGUGAUACUGAGUUUUUCUUGCUUUUCUCCCCAGAUACUGCUCUAUUCAUCAUAAGAUGAAUAGAAAUAACAAACUUUCCAGUGUUAUAACUAUUAGAUACAUCUUCUUCUCUGAAGUCAGUGUUGGGAUGUCAGCAAAUGCUUUCCUCCUUCUUUUCUACCUCUUCCAGUUCUUUUACAAGCACAGACCCAAGUCCACGGACCUGCCCAUUGGUCUCUUGGCCCCAGUUCACCUAACGAUGCUGCUAAUCAUGGGGUUCAUGGCUACAGACAUGUUUGUGUCUCGAGGUUUCUGGGAUGACAUCACGUGCAAAUCAUUUAUUUACUUAUACCGGUUGAUGCGAGUCCUCUCCCUGUGCACCACCUGCCUGCUCAGUGUCAGCCAGGCCAUCACCCUCAGCCCCAGGAGCUCCUGCUUGGCAAAGUUCAAACUAUACCUAGCCCCACAUCAGCAGCUGUGUUCCCUCCUUUCCCUGUGGGUCUUCUCUAUGUUCUUUAGUGCUCACUACUCCUACUCUGCUGUUUAUUUCUCCAAUGUGAGCUCAGGCAGUCUUCUAUUUCUCAGUGAAUCCUGUACUAUUGUUCCCAUGGGUUACUAUGUCUGGCAGUUAUUUUCCAUCCUGGGCAUCUUCCGAGAUGCCUCCCUCUUAGGGCUCAUGGCCCUCUCAAGUGGGUACAUGGUGACUCUCCUGUGCAGGCACAAGAGGCGGUCCCAGCACCUUCACAGCACCAGCCUCUCUCCAAGAGCCUCCCCAGAGCAAAGGGCCACCCGCACCAUUCUACUGCUCAUGAGUGUCUUUGUGUUCAUGUACUUGUUGGAAUGCACUGUCUCCUCCUCAAGAGUGAUGUGGAACAAUGACCCGGUGUUUCGCUGUGUCCAGGUGAUGGUGGCCAACGGCUUUGCCACAAUCAGUCCUUUGCUGCUAAUCAGCACUGAAAAACGUAUAAUAGACUUUAUUAAAUCCAUACAGGGGAAGAAAACAAGGGUUAAAUUAUUCUGUGUUGGAUAAUUUUUCUUCAACUUUAUGGUGAUAGAGAUGCUAAUUCCCUGUGUUGACCAUUACUCAAUGUACACCUGAACUGAAA